CCGAGCUCUGCACUUGUUGCCACGUCGGAGCGGGCGGUGAAUCUGGUCAAUUCAUCUCCAGAUAAAGAAGGAAUAAUAAUUUUCUGGAUUUAGUUUCUGGUUUAUCCGCAGACAUGGUUUCUGUCAUCAACACGGUGGACACCUCGCACGAGGACAUGAUCCACGAUGCCCAGAUGGAUUAUUACGGGACUCGACUUGCCACCUGUUCGUCUGAUCGCACUGUGAAGAUCUUCGAUGUCAGAAACGGAGGUCAGAUCCUGGUCGCAGACCUCAGAGGCCAUGAAGGUCCCGUGUGGCAGGUGGCGUGGGCUCACCCGAUGUUCGGCAACAUCCUGGCUUCCUGUUCCUACGACCGUAAAGUCAUCAUCUGGAAGGAGGAGAACGGAGCCUGGGACAAGAUGUACGAGUACACGGGACACGAGUCGUCAGUGAACUCCGUCUGCUGGGGUCCCUAUGACUUCGGUCUGAUCUUGGCCUGCGGCAGCUCAGACGGAGCCAUUUCCCUCCUCACGUUCACUGGUGAUCAGCAGUGGGACGUCAAGAAGAUCAGCAAUGCACACACUAUCGGCUGUAACGCAGUGAGUUGGGCUCCUGCUGUGGUUCCAGGAAGUCUGAUCGACCAGCCGUCAGGACAGAAGCCGAACUACGUCAAGCGCUUCGUCUCCGGAGGCUGCGACAACCUGGUCAAACUCUGGAAAGAAGAAGACGGUCAGUGGAAGGAGGAUCAGAAGCUGGAGGCUCACAGUGAUUGGGUGAGAGACGUCGGCUGGGCUCCUUCUAUCGGCCUCCCCACCAGCACCAUCGCCAGCUGCUCCCAGGACGGACGCGUGUUCAUCUGGACGUGUGACGACCCGGCAGGCAACACCUGGACGGCCAAACUGCUCCAUAAGUUCAACGACGUCGUCUGGCACGUCAGCUGGUCCAUCACCGGGAAUAUACUGGCUGUUUCUGGGGGAGACAACAAGGUGACGCUGUGGAAGGAGUCGAUGGACGGUCAGUGGGCCUGUAUCAGCGACGUCAGCAAGGGUCAGGGCGCCGUCUCCACCAUCACAGACACACAGCAGAACGAGCAGUGACACACACACACACACACACACACACACACACAACAAAGAGCCCUGACCCUACCAGGAUGACCCCAGUCUUCAAAGAUGAAUUCAGCGUUAAUCAACAUGUCGGACAUUUGAACGGACACCUAAAGGUCGUCCUGAGCUUCUGAACUUGGUUUGUAAUCUGUUGGUUUUCAGUCUGACGUCUCCUCAUGUGUUUCUAAACUUCAUCAGGAGGAAGAGAAACGUUCACGGUGAAAGGCGCGUUUGGUUUCUUUUCCCCGUCUGAUGACGUUUCUAAAUACAAACACGACUGAUGAUAAUUGCCUCAAGAUUUUUCUCAGAUGCACUCCACUGCGUCUCUUUCUGUUUGUUCACAUGUACAUCAGUACUUUACAAAUCCAUCCCAUGAUGCUCUGCUCCUGAAUCAUUCCACCUCCACCAGCGGAGAACAAAACUACCAGGGUGAUCCCAGAAUCCUCGGCGGCAACUGUCCCUUAACUUUCUUUAUUUUAUCUGCUGGUUCAUUCAAACCACUAAACAAGCUUCUUAUUGAGCAUGGAGGCAAUUUAUUCUUCAUUAUAUUAAAUGUAUUUGGUGCAAAACCAGCUUCAGAUCUCGGCCCGAAAACAUCCUCAUGUUCUCACAGUGGCUCAAAUCAGAAACAUUCACUCGACUUCCUGGUUUCUACAGUGAAUAAAUAUAAAAAGUGAUUUAUGUAGUGAACUGCUGACACGUACAGGUUCUUUAUCAGAGGUCGGAGGUCGGUCGACGGGGAUCAGAACGUCAGCAGGUGUUUGUAAAUCCAGAACCCGCCUUAAUUAAUCAGCCACUACACUGCUACGGCAACCAGAAUCAGUCAAUCUGUUGCCAAGACAACCAUGAAUGGGGCUUAAUUGUAAACAGUGUUUUUUCCUCCAGUUGUAAAAUCAGAAACCAUGGAUGUUUUUUUUCAUAUUUGAUGUAAUUAAAUAACUUUAAUGUAAAAAGG